CCCGACUCGGCUGCAGGACGCUGAACUCCUGCAGCUCUGACAUGCUGUUGCUGGGAAACGGUUCCUCGGGGGGGGGCAACGGGACCACAGCGGGACCCGCGCAUGACCCCGGGUAUGACCCCGGGUAUGACCCCGGGCCAGAGGCCGUGGUGGUCCCCGUGGUGUUCGGGCUCAUCUUUGUUCUGGGGCUGCUGGGAAACUCUCUGGUGAUGCUGGUGAUCGGGAAGGUGAAGCCCGGGAUCGGUGGCGGGCGGCGCCGCCCCGGCAGCCCCACCAACGUGUUCGUGGUGAACCUGAGCGUGGCGGACCUGGGCUUCCUGCUGUUCUGCGUGCCGUUCCAGGCCACCGUGUACUCGCUGCCCCAGUGGGUGUUCGGCGGCUUGGUGUGCCGGGGCAGCCACUACGCGGCCUCGGUGAGCAUGCUGGUGAGCAUCUUCACGCUGGCCGCCAUGUCCGUGGACCGCUACGUGGCGGUGGUCCUGACCCCGGAGCCCCGGCGUUGCAGGCGGACCCGGCGGAGGGCUCUGGCCGGCGUGGCGGUGAUCUGGGUGGUGUCGGCAGCGGUCUCGGUGCCGGUGGCCCAGCACCAGGUCCUGCUGGGCUACCCCAACGGGACCAGCAGCUCCUUCUGCUGGGAGCACUGGGAGUCCAGAGCCGCCCGGCGCGGUUACAAGGUGGCAACGCUGUUGCUAGGAUACGUGUUGCCGCUGGUCCUCAUCUGCUGCUGCUACACCAGGGUUUUGGUUCAUCUUCAUAAAAAGAUGAAGAACAUAUCCAAGAAGUCUGAGCGCUCUAAAAGAAAGACGUCUCAAACGGUUCUGCUGGUGAUCGCAGCCUUCACCGUGUGCUGGACGCCGCACCACAUCAUCACCAUGUGGGCGGAGUUUGGCGCCUUCCCGCUGACGGACGCCUCCUUUGCUUUCCGCAUCCUGUCCCACUGCCUGGCGUAUGGGAACUCCUGCGUCAACCCCGUCCUCUACGCCUUCCUCUCGGAGAACUUCCGCAAGGCGAGCCGCCAGGUCUGCAGCCGCCGCUGCCUGUUCCCGCCGCGGCCACUGGGGGGCGACGCGGUCCUUUUCCGCAUGAAGAACCUCUCCAACACGCAAUCCACCACCAGAAUAUGAAGGCCUGAG